AUGUCGAAGCUGCUGGCUUUGAGUUUCGUCCUCCUGGUGAUCGGAGGGGGAAGCUCGAUGGUGGAUGAAACUUUCACUCUUGAUGGAGACGUGCGUCACCUGGUUGUAAGCAACAGCUCCCUGUACAUCGCAACGGAUGAGAGUCUUUACCAGCUCAACCACGACCUGGCUUUAGCACAGAGGCGAACUCUGAAGGGAGUCAAUGGGACGUUGACAGUUCAAGUGUUGCUGCCGUUUGUCAGGAAUCGAACUCUGGUCAGCUGCGGGGUGACGGAGCGCGUGUGCGGCUACUGCGAGGUGCUGGACCUGAACAACAUCAACUCUCUCAUCCACAAGGAGAAUGUGUUGGUGGGUCCGAUGCGCGGCGGCUCGUCUGUGAACUUGUUGGUGGACGUGAAGGCGCCUUCCAGCGCACGUGUGACUUAUAUUCUAACGGCCUUGAAGCAUCUCAAAGACCAGCCAGAGGUCCGCCGCUGCCUACCUGACGCCAAUGUGGUGUUUCUCUACGACACGAUCCAGGAGAGACGCAGGGAGAUAUUCUCAAAGGCAGAUUUCGGAACCAACACGGUUUUCAGUAGCAAACACGAUGUCGAGUUUGUGGACGGAUUCCAGAUGAACUCCACCGUUUAUCUGUUGUCGAACGUGUUUCCUAAAAUGAAGGGUAAAAGGGGUGGGAAGGAAGAAGAGAGGGGGGUCAAGGUUCGACUGGUCUGGAUGCAGGCACAAGAACACAAGAGGGACAUGAUGAGGUCAGCGCGGGGAGCGACUUUUGAGUAUCCGUGGAAUGAAACCCGACUCAUAGCGUCAUCGGUGGUACCGAGCUCUGGGCCGGUGCUCUGGGCCGGUGUGUUCAGUCGGGAUGGAGGCCCCACCAGCACCGAGUUGGUCUUAUUCGACAUCACUCCCGAUCUCAGUGGGGAUGAUAAUUGUGACCCAGACUUCAAGACGACUGGCUCUUGCAACAGCGAACUGCCAAAGGAUCCGCUAAGUGCAAAGAAAGUUCUCUACCGAAAGAAUUACAUGACUGCCGUGUUGGCCACGAGAGUCAGGACGUGGAUGGUUUUCUUCAUCGGGACAGGAGAUGGUCAGCUGACUAAACUCUCUGUGGACAGCAACUUUCAAACAACAUGUCCCACAGUUCUCUACCGCACCAGCAAUGAUCGCAAAGUAUUUCCCAAAAUGCACAUUGAUGAUACGGACGGCAAGCACUUGUACGCAGCCUUCAAAAACCAGGUCAAGCGUGUUCUAAUGUCAAAGUGCAGUGCAAUGACACGUCUGGAGGACUGCUGUUCUGCACAGGACCCGACAUGUGUCUGGUGUGGUCCUGAACAAAGGUGCAUGUUUGAGGGUGAAUGCCAGAGUGAAGACUGGAUCUCUUAUGCUGAAAGCUACCAAAAGAAGCUGGUCUCCUACAGGCUUGUUGAGCAAAGCAUGGGCCAGAUCGCACUGGAGGUCCAGGCUCACAUCACUGCAGGUCGAGAGGUUCGCGAUGGAUUUGCUUGUCAGUUUCCUGUGAGGUCUGGCGUAUUGUGUAGGAAUGGUCUUCCUCAGAGUUUCCCAGGAUGCACCUGCGUCUUAUCAAGCAGCAAGCUUCCCAUCAAAAGUACAGACGUCCUUCUUAAGAUGGAACUUGGGCGGUCAACACAUCAGGAAAGGGUGACCCUCCAAAACUGCACUGAAAUCAAAGGACCACGCACCUCUGCUCUAUGUUUGCAGUGCGUUUCGGUUGGAUGCAGCUGGACCGGUAACGCUUGUUCCUGGCACAGUGAUAUUGGAAAUGUGCAGGUCAGCGAUUGUCUGUCUGUGGAGUCGGGGACCAGCAGUUCUAUGCCGAACAUCACAUCAGUCACCCCAAAGACUGUGUCCUUCUACGGCAAAAACCAUGCAGUCCUGUCAGGUCAUAAUCUCGGUCAAGUCACUAAAGGGAGGAUUCAGUUUGAGCUGGACUGCACCCCUCAAGAGUUCGCUGUGUUGAAGAGAACUGAGACAAGUCUGGUGUUUCACAUCCCCCCUGCUGACCAAAAAGGAGUGGUCAACAUAUGUGUCGUGCUACCAGACGACAGUUGCCAUGGCAGUGCAGAAGUCACUUACGUGUCUGCACCGACCUGCAGCAGCGUCAUGCCAAACAGCUCCUGGAUCAGUGGAAAGAGGAACAUCACGCUCUCAGGGUCUUAUUUAGACAUGGUGGAUGGGAUCGUUCACAGUGUAACACCACAGGAAAUCAAAUUUCCUUUGGCUAGUACGCAUCAAAAUCUAACAUAUGAGACGCCAGCAGUCAAAGAAGCAGCAACAGUCAGUGUGUCACUCAGAGUUGCUAACCAAACUUUAGCUUGCCCUCUAAACAUCAUCUACUUCCCCGACCCGGUGUUCACGAGCUUCACCUCCACUGAGAAGGGUGACGACCUCAGCAUCACCAUACAGAAAAAAGCAGACCAUCUGGAAAUGACGACAGCAGAGCUGUCAGUUUGGGGGGUGCUGAAUGGUGAAGAGUAUCCCUGUGUUAUGAUCUCUGGAGGAACAAGUGGCAGCAUAGAUUUUUUUACCUGUGAAAUCAGAAACACUGUGAAAGUGUUUAAGGAGAUAAAGAUUAUGUACGGGGACACGACAGUCACACUGGAGUCACCAUCCUCCUUCUUUCUCGUGAUUCUGCUGGUUCUGCUGCUGCCGAUUGUCGUCAUUUUCUUUGUGGUGGUGAUAGUUUACAAGAGGAAGCAAAAGAAGCUGACAGUCCAGAUGAACCAAUGGAUGGGUGUUGUGGAGAUGGACAUCAGGAAUGAUAUCAGACGAGGUUUGGUCCACUUUCAAACGAAAUGAGCAGACCAGAUUCAGAACAUGGCAUGCAGUCGGUGAUGGUCUUACACUGAAAUACUCCCAAGGCGAGACACCCUCCGACCUCCUCCGUCCAGCAGAUUUUCUUUCUCUUUUUUCCCAUACUACCAUUUCUUUGUAUAACACAGUUCUACAUCAAACAAUAGAAUGUUAUCAGAAAUCAAUUCUCUUUGACAUAUUGUGAAGUAUGAAGUUGGUGGUACCCACAGAAAUGUUCAUCCUAUCAUAUGAAUUCUGAAUAUUGUUCGCUGUAUUCCCCAUAAAACGUCUUGUCUGAUAGUCCACACUCAACAAGGAUGAGCUAGUAUUGCAACAACAAGAGUCUUAAUGCUUGUGUGUGUAUUGCUUUUUUCCAAUAGGGGCAGCCAUUGCCCACAUGCAUAAAUAAAAAGCAACUUUUUUUAUAUAUAUUUUUGUUACACGUUAAUGAAAAUGCGCUGAAAAUAUAGUCGUGCCUGAAACCGCCUCUGCUUUCGGAAAAUUGUUGUGACUUGUCAUUUUUGCCACUGAGUUAUGUACUUUCACUUGAGUAACGUAAACUUGUUUGAGGGCUGGUUCUAUAGACAGCACCAAAGUUCUGAGAAUCCAUAGCACCACCAGUUCCACAACCUUAUUGGUUGGAACAAAAACCUGCGCCCAUUGCAGCCCAUUGCAGUGGACACCGCCGCAGUGAGCUGUUGCAGAAAGUGGUUUAAGAUACAGUUUCAGCAGAAAUAAAUAUAGGAAACUGAAGGAGCAUUCUCAUGCGAGAAGAUGUGGAAUGACUGGGUUUGAAACAAUGGCUGAUUCAAUGAUGAACUGUUGUAAUGGGUUGGCUAUGUGUCCGACCCAUUUGUCAGCAGUCUGUACGUUACAACAUGAGAGUAGCUUUGAACUUGUAGUUUUAAAAAACAUGGUACAAUCAACACUGAAUAAAAUUCAGCAUCUCAUCUUUAACUUCAUGGGAAUGUAAUACAUAUGUUUGUACAUAUGUUUUAAAGCCUGACAAAUGUAGGCCCGUGUGUGCAUAAAAAGUUCAAACUUCGCAUAAUAGCCACCAGAAUCAGAAUGCAGGAUCUGAUUUUUUUUUUUUUGCCGUGACCUGCAAUGCAACUUCUGCUGUUCGACCCACAAGCUGCUGAGUGACAUAUUUGUAUUUCUGUUAUGUUCUUAUUUUGUGAAGCAGUGCAUGUUGUGUUAAAUGAAUGUAAAAGAUCUUGAGAGCCAUCUGACAGUAAAAUUUGAAUUUUCAAAUAUUAAGACUUGGCACUGCGAAGUACUUCUGCAGUUACACAUGGGCAUGAAAUGAGUUUUAAGUGUGAUGAAAAAGUAGAAAUGAGAUUUGCUGAUACCUGCCUGUUUCCUAAUGGAUCAUUGGUUGAACGCUACCAAACGAGUGGAUUACGUUCUCACAUUUUUCCUCCAAGAAUACUAACCCAGAAAGGUAUUUGAGUGGAACCAUUCCAGCAAUAGUGUGAGAGAUGGAUGGCACCCUGAAAAGUCAAAUAUGUGGUGCAUCAAGAAAGGUGAGGGGAGAAUUAUUAUUAAGUGAAGUAAAUCCUCAAUGGAUUCAUGUCAAAACUAAAUAAAAUACCAUGUGAAUAAAUGAUAAAUCAGUAGUAAGAUGGAGAAAAAACAAAAGUAAAGAUACAAGUGAAAAAUAGAUUAUGCUCAAAUACUAAUACCAGUAUUAAUACUAAUAAUUUUCUAAAAUUUCUGAUGGAAUUUUUAUUUUCGAUUUCAUAUAGAUUUAAUCUAUGUCUGACUACAGAUCUAGUUUGAAUGCUGUAAGAGAGCAUAGUGAUCACAGGGAACAAAUGUGUGCUGCUCAGCAGACCAUGACGGUGCUUCAACAUAGUUAAAGAGAAAUUGACUGAAACCUGUAAAACCACAGUCUGGAGGGUUCUAAGCAGGAAGUUAUAUGUUCAUUUUCAUACUGCAGAGCAAGCUUUUGCGCUCUCUUGGGGAUGCAUCAGUUCAUACUUCCGUCUUUCAUUCAGCCAAAUAAGAAAUACAUAUAGCUCUCAACAAUGCACUUCUAGGGCCCAUGUAUACUAGCCAGGAUAUUGAAUUGGAUACUUAGAGAACCCUGUUUAAGAGACCUAUCUACUUUGUGAUGAACAAGGUAUUGGGUUACUGGUGCAGUUUGAAAUGUUGCUGGUUAAAACAGUCCUGUAGCCACAUAUGAAGCUGAAGGGAUCAUGUUUUCUUUUUGUGAAGAACAAAAGACAUUGAAAUAUAAAACUGCUGAGUUAAAUCCCUCAUUCAUUUAUGUUCUCCCAUUUCUCACUUUGCCAAGACAUUCUUCUGAGACUCAAAAAAAAUAGUGUUGAUGUGAGUAGGGUGAGGGAGUAAGUAUGCGACUUGAAACAGAACAUCUCUGUAGGUGCACCAUGGGAUGGAGGACCAAAUGAAAAUAGUUACCCAUCAUAACUUUUUCCCGUCUCACCUGGCUAGUCCACUCUUCAGCGUGAGCUCACUAAAAUGGAUGAUGACAUUCAUCAUCAUUUAUUCCAACAGGCAUUUGUUUUAGUGUUUGCUGCAAAAGUUGCAAAUAAAUAUUUGGACUCCAGGGUUGCUGUGUGGCGUGUCGUGGCUUUCUUGUGAUAUAAUGUUAAAGGCAAAGCAGUAUGACAUGACUAGGGGUUUCUCCUUGACC